AUGGGAGCAAAAGCACCCGAAAAGCUGAAAUUGCGGCGUCAAUCGUGUAAAUGUGAGGUGUGCGGUCGUAAAUUCCUUAACCACAGAGCGUUGAUUUCGCAUCGCAAAUUCGUGCAUAAAACAUCUAUUGAAACCAAGCGUGUGUCAGUUAAAAAGCCACCAGAUUUACAAGACUCAAAAGUAAUUACGAAAAGCACUGAUAACAAAACUUAUUCAAAAAUAGGCGCGGAGGAGCCAUCUUCGAAAGUUACGAACAAAAAUGAUUUAAAAGUAACUGCAGUUAAGGAUUCUAAAAAUAAGAGAAGUACAACUAAGAAGAGAAUUGAGUUUAAAUGCCCAAGGUGCAUUAAGGUAUUCAGUGUAUACUUCUCUGCUUACAGACAUAUACAGAAAAGCCACUGUGUUGAUAAAAAUGACUUACCUGUACAACCAAACUCUUCCGACUUGAUCCGGCCAAUCCGUGUGGAACUGUUCGAUUGCUGUAAUAAAUUCUUACCAAUAUCAGAAGAACAUGUUUGCACCGAGGUUUCACAAGAGAGAAUGGAUCGCUUUAUGUGUUUGGGAUGCCAAAAAACAUUUGACAGUCUUGCCCUGUUUGAACAGCAUGUAAAAGUGCUGCAUGCGUUGCAAGCAGAUUGUUUGUACUUCCCGAGCAAUGCUGAAUUCACAACCUGGAAAUCAGAUUUAGAGGCUGUCACUAAAGUUAAAUUCCAAACCCUGGCACCUUCAGUGGAUAACUCAAAGCAUAUAUAUCAUUGCUCUCAUCAGCCUCCCAUUGAAACGGACAAAUCAUUGCUCUGCCCAUCAUCGUUAAUUGUCACGGAACUCAAUAACGGUUAUCAAGUCAUAUAUUAUAAAGAACACUUCGGACAUUCAUGUUUAGACUUGCCACAGUUGAAGUACAAGACUAACUCAAUAUUACCGUUCUUAAAAGAUAUUGAUAUCCAACACGUUGACUCUUAUGAACACGUUCACCAACAAUUAAAAAGUAUUAUGAAUAAUGUCAUGGCUAGCGCUCCCAAGGGUGAUGUUGGUGUCUUAUAUACUUUACUUGACAAAGCGCUAGAGAUGACUCUAGUGUUAAACAAUGUGGGACUAGAAGACCAAACCGUUGUAAACAAGAGUUUGACUGACAAUCAAAUAACUGCAGUUUUAUCAGAAGUAGGAACAUAUCCCGCUAAACGCAAAGCGGAAUCAGUCAAAAAAGAUGUGAAACUUAACAAAUUAGACGAAGAAAACGGUGAAAAUAUAAAAAACGAUUCGUUAUUUAACAAAACAGUAUUAAAUAAGACUGUUGCUAAAAAGGCUGUGGAAUCAUUGCCAUCGACACCAUUACAAAAGACUUUAAUACAAUCAUCCCCAUCAUUCAACGAUACAUACAAAAACUUUGUUGAUCAAAAUUUCAAAUCAACGACAGACACGAGUACACCUAAGAAGCAUACAAUUAAAAAGAAAACUGUCAUGAAAACUAAAAUUGGUCAAUUCAAAGUUAGACCAAGUUUAUCACCCAAAGGGUCUGUUGUAGAGACUUCUCCGAUUAAGAUAAAACCUCAAGAGUCUCCUAAAAUGUCAAAACUAGGCUCGUCUCCUAAACGACUGCAAAUACAUUCAAACUUGCUUCUUAAGAAUGCCAGACCUGUUGUGUCUCCUAAAAGUAUGAAGCCGAGCUUGUCCCCUAAAAUAUCUAAACCAAGCAUGUCUCCUAAAACUAAGCACACCGCUAUAAAACUUGUAGGAUAUAAAAUCAAACCUGAUUUUAAAUAUGAAGUCAAAGAACAAGAAAAUGAUUGUAAUAUAUUAAUCUUAAAAAUAUGA